AUUAGUAUACUACUUAAGUUAAGUGCGUGUUGCGUUUAUUUAAUUACUACUAGAAUUUGAAAAUGUCGCAGUUGGUGAAUAAAGCUAAGAAUUUUGUGUCUGAUAAAAUCGGUGAUGUGGCAAAGCCUGAGGCGAGUGUUAUGGACGUUGACUUCAAGCGCGUGACGAUGGAUAGUGCUGAGUACUUAGCAAAGGUUUCUGUUCAUAAUCCUUAUUCCACUCCGGUUCCUAUUUGUGAGAUCAAGUACUCUUUCAAAAGCGCCAAUAGGGAGAUAGCAUCAGGGACAAUACCAGAUCCAGGUUCUUUAAAGGCAAAGGACACAACAAUGGUGGAUGUACCUGUUAAGGUACCAUACAGCAUAUUGAUGAGCUUGGCAAAGGACAUUGGAGCUGAUUGGGAUAUUGACUAUCAUUUAGAUUUGGGUCUUGUUAUUGACCUUCCUGUCAUUGGCAACUUCACCAUUCCUCUUUCUCAAAAAGGAGAGGUCAAGCUACCUAGCCCUUUCUAAACAUGUGCUAGCUGCUCCUAGUUGAUGGAAAAUACUAAGAAAAAAUAAUUAUGUACCAUGUUUUUUUUUUAUAGUAACUAUGUACCAUGUUAUGUUUCAUUUUAUGUGAAUGAAGGAAAUGGUUUUAGAUUAUGGAACUAUUAAAAGUCUCAUGGAGAUACCUAAGAUAUAAGUAAUUGCAACUGUAUACCUAAGUAUAACUGCAUACCAUUCCUUCUACUUUUCAAUAU